AUGGAGAAUCUAACAGAACAGAUUGAAGAAAUCGAAGCUCUAUCUGCAAUUUAUGGCGAUGAUUUUCUCGUGAUCGACGAAGCGAACAGGAUCUACGAAAUCCGUGUUUCCAACGAGAAUGAUUCGUGGUGGUCAGCAACCCUACAAUUUCUUUUACCGCCUCAGUAUCCAGCGAAAGUCCCACCUGUGUUUGAAAUCUAUUCUGCUUGGAUGAACGAAGCUGACAUGUUUGAGGCAUCGGAUAUGCUAUACACUAUUUCUCGAGAGCAUGAGGGAGAAAUCGUGCUGUAUCACUGGGUGGAAGCAUUAAGAACGUUUAUCGACGAAAAGUUCACUGGUAAUAGUCAAAACAAAGUUGACGAACAAAGCAAUGUUGAUCAAAUUAAUGAGACUGGUGAG